GGCCAAGUGCACGUGAGGCCACGUGAAGUGUCGGAAGGCAUCCAGCUCGAGGAGGUCACGGGACAGACCCAGGAGGUGCCAUCGGUUGACUGGCUGAGAUGACUGGCAGAAUCGGAGUAUUUAUACUGGACGAAUCCGAUGAGCUAUAAAGCUCUUUUUCACAGAUGUCCAGUAUUUAUCGUCACGCGAGGCCACCCCCAGUGUGUAAUCACAUUAAACUACUCGAUUAGUAAGCUUUGUGCCGUGAAGGUGAUCUGGAAAGCAUGGUACAACACGUCCUCUCAAACCUGGAGCAGGCUGAGGAGCUACAAACGGCAAUCGUUGCAAGACUCUGCAAUAUCCUGCAGCCUGUGGUGGACGAAGUUUCUCUGCCAAUGAAGGAACUUUUCCGCUUCAGGCAACAGUAUCCUGCUAUAAUUCAGAAUUUGCAGAGAAGCUCUGAAAUAUUCAAGCAGAUUUUGAAGUGGCUUGAUGGACAAACGGAAGGAAUUGGUGCAUCCAACCCUGUGAAAAAGAAACAUCAUAAAGCAUUAUCCCUUAAGACUGCAAAUCAGUGCAAUGAACAUUCAAAUGUUUUGAUCGAGAGCAAUUCGUCUUCAGAUAGCGUAGAGUGUACAAUUUCUGAUUAUUGCGAGAUUUGGGAUGAUUAUGUAAUUUGCAAGACAAUUUCAUCAAAAGGGAAACAUGAUAUUUGUCCUGUUAAAAACAGUGAUGCAAAUUGUAGUGAGAGAGGCUGUGCGACAGGCUCAUCCUCAAGGGAAAUGGUGUUCAAUGAUGAGAAUGGCUCUAUGGGAUUUCAGAGUAUUUCAGGAUUGGAGUCCUGCAAACGAAAUGCAGUUCAACACAACAGCAGUGAUCGGUACACAAGUGAAAUGGUGAAGCAUCAAAGCAUCGAAAGCAACAUUGACAGCAGUGUCACUAGCGAAUGUGUUGGCAAUGCUGCGGCCAGCAUGGACAAAUUGGAUCUGGACAGGCCAGGUGUUAUAUGGGAAGAAAGGUCAUUGCUUUCCAACACUCAACACAGAGCAGAAAUCCAGCCUCUUCUCCUAAAGGAUGAGUUCGAGAUGGAGGUCACGGUGUGCUACCUCGUAAACCCAUCCUUCUUCUACAUCCAGCCCUGUGGAUCCCAACUCUACCAGAUGAUGGAAGCCUUCAAUUGGGAAAUCCAGCAGAAUGAACACCUUGGAGGGGGCAUCUACCCAUCUGUUGGGUUGUACGUUUUGGCAAAAUACUCCGAAGAUGACUAUUGGUACAGGGCUCGCAUCAUGAACGUGACUGACAUGCAGAACGUCUCUGUGUUGGAUAUACACCCGCUGAAUUUGGAGCAGCUGAUGGUGCAUGUGCUGUUUGUUGACUACGGGAAUCGUGAUCGUUUGCCAGUGUCGAGGAUUCGCCACCUCAAGUCUGAGUUCUGCCAGCUGCCACAACAAUCCAUCCGUGUGUCUCUCGCCUACGUGUCUCCAGUAGAAGAGGUGAUGUGGACAAAGUCACAGAUAACCUGGUUUGCUGAGCAAGUGAAAAAUAAGACCUUUCAUGCUCUCCUCCAUCACAGCGAAGGACGUACCUCUGUUGAACUCUAUACUGCACCCAAGGUGAACGGGAAGUACAAACAUGGAACGAGCAUAUCUGACAUGAUGCUUUGUGAUGGAAUAGCAAGCAGAAACGGACUGCAUGGAUCAUCAGGUCUCCCUCAGUGUCAUCCAAGCAGGACUAAAGUCAGUCGUACUUUUAUUAAGUAUCUGAAUCACUUGCAACAAAGCAGCAAAAAUAGUUUCAUGAAGGAAAAAUGUCGCCGUACCAUCUUCCCUGGAAAGGAUGAAGGGCAAGUGCCUGCAGGGAUGCCUUGCCAAAAUGACUUGGAAGUGGAGCGAAAAGCUAAGCAUUUAUUGACAGCAGGUAAAGACAAGGACAGGAACAACCAUUACAUGCCUGUUGGUGACCCAGAUGCCACUAAAGCAGUGAGAAAAUCACACAACUUGGAGGACAGCGAGCCGCUGACAGGGAACAAGCCUGGCGGUUGUUCUGAUGUCCCUAAAAUCAAAAGAGGUCAUCAUUUUAAUGGCGAGAGGCAAGCGUCGCAGGAUAAUGCAGAUAUUUCACAUUGUUACAAUUUUAAUGGUUUCAAUGGCAAUUUCAAAUGCGUGGAAAGCACAAGGCCUGCCCCUGUUGGCUUGGAGUCUGAAUUCAGUUUCAAAUAUCCAUGCAGUCCUCGUGACAGCCACUUGGAAAGAGGUGUUGCUGAUGAGCACGAGCUAGCUCAAGAUCGCAAGUCUACGACCAAAGAAUAUGGGUUGCCAUCGUCAGAAAGUAGUUGUAUGCAAGUCCAACAGCAGAGUUCAGGAAGAGUGGUCGCUAUGGAUAUACAUAAAAGUAGCAUCGACAGCAUUUGUCAAAGUGGUCAACAUCAAGCGGAGUCUGCAACGGACACCUCUCCGGGGGCACUGAGCAAUCCGAAAAGCAUGGAUUCUGAGGACAGCAUCAGGCUUUCAGAAGAUAUCGAUGAUGAAGUAGCAGUAGAACUUGAUCAGUUCCUUAAACAGUACACUGGAGACCAAGAGCCGUCCGCGGCAGGUGGAGGUCGUGACACUCCUGUGUAUCCAGAAGUGGAGCUUGUUUCACCCUCACAGGAAUACUUCCUGUGCACCUUGAUCUGUGUAGUCUCGCCAAGAGAAUUUUACGUGCACAUCAAAAACGACUGGGCCUCUGAUAUGGAGCAGAUGUUUAAAGAUCUUCAUCAAAUCUACAGCACUUCAACAGAAAACCUGGAAUUGGGUGGUGCGACGGAGGAUCUUAUUGGGAACAGUUGCUGCGUGUGCAUUUCCCCAGGGCAGUGCUGGUACCGAGGCCUGGUCACCAUGAUCAGCUUGCAGAAUGAGUACUCCCCAGAGCAGGUGCAGGUGCUACUGGUGGAUGUCGGCCAAGCCGAUUGGUUCCCACGGUUAGAAGUGAAAAUACUUCUUCCGAAAUUUGAGAAAUAUCCAGCUUUUGCUCAGAGAUGCUCAUUGUUCAACAUCCAACCCACGGAACAAAAUGAUCACUCGUUCUACAGCAGUGGCAGGAAGUGGUCCCAAGAAGGUCUAUACCACUUUCUCCAACUAACGAGCAACAAUAAAAGCUUCAUGGGAAAAAUCUGCAACAGAAAUGCUUCAACAGGACUUGACAUUGUGCUGCUGGAAAGCUCAGAAACCCAAUUCAUCAAUGUGAAUGAGUUGAUGGUUCUCUCAGGGUAUGCUACAUACAUUGUACCACCAACCACAGGGAAUUCAAGCAACUCCUUAGACACACGGUCACACGCAAGCUUUUCAGGGUUUGUCAAAAUACAACGCGUGCAACAGUCACCGAAAUCUUGGAGAAGCGAGGCGCAAGGGUGCAACAUUGGAUGAAAAGCCAACCGAAGGAAUCCAAAAGGUGCCUGACAAAAGUGGCACAGUAAUGAAGCAUAGGAGGAGAAGUGGCUCCGCUCACACUUCACACUCUGGUGCAGAGAAGAGCAUGGAGG